AUGGAAGGGACGACAGAACGAACGACAGAACGGAUGUCAGAAUCACCAGAUAUCACCAUACGGUCACCACCUCGGAAACGAUUCAAAAAACACGUCUCCCUAACUUCCCUCCCAACCCCAGCCUUAGAACUCAUCCUCCAUUACUCCCAAUCCAUCCACCUUACCUCCCUAAACAAAGAAUAUCGGGGGGAAUUGGCCCCGUUGGUGUUCCAACGACUCAAAAUCCAAUGGUCCGACCUAACUAACCCCCAAUUUCUUCAGUUCUCCCGCAAAUAUAGAGUUAAAGAGAUUCGAAUAGCUGAUUCCAGCUCCUUUGGUGAGUACCACAUCGAUUUCACCCCCAUUUUUAACGAUCUAGGACUCCUUACCCUUAAAAUCACCACCACCAAUACCACCAAUUGGUUGAAAUAUCGGUCUAAUGCCACCAUCAACCACCUCCAACUUUCCCUGGACUCCCAUGACUUCAAGGUUUUCAAUCUUAAUCAUAUAGUUCAUUUCAGUCACGUGACAUCCCUUUCAUUGACCAAUUAUCAUUUCCAUCAGUUCGAUGAGUGUGGGUUGAUGGUGGAAACUUUGGUCCUUAUCGAUUGUACAUGGUCCUAUCCCUUCACCAUCGAUCAGUUCAACAAUCACGGAGCCCUUAAAAACCUCCAGAUCUUCUACACCGACGAUAUCGCCUUCUUGAUCUCAGAGAGGUUCAAUAUGUUUCUCAAAAGUCCGGGUAACCUCGACCUAAAACGACUCACGAUAAAUUUCCACCACCACCAUAAGAAAAGAACGUUGAACAAUAACCAAAUGGCCAUUUUCAUACGAAGCUUCCCCAAUCUCCAGUACUUGGACCUAAGAACUUGGGACGUUCAUUUCGAUGCCAUGGCUACGGAAUUUGAACUUUUGGUCGAUGACCGCGCACUGAAGAUUCGAUGA